CGCCCUUUUUUUAUAUUUUGCGCCUUUGCAAAAUCCCUCUUGCUACACCGAUCUUCUUCCCUCGUCUACGAGAAGACCCCUAAAACGAACCCCACCAUGUCCCAGCAAGAACUCGAUCCCAAGUACGACCAGUACGAUUACCCGACCGUCGCCCCGACGGCGGCCAACGGUCACCCUGGCCAUCUCACCCCCGAGCAGAAGGCCCAGGUCGCUCAGCUGCGCCUGAUGCUUGAGUCGGACGGCUAUGACAAGCGCCUCGACACCCUUACUCUGCUUCGCUUCCUCCGCGCUCGCAAGUUCGAUGUCAACCUCGCCAAGCAGAUGUUCGUCGACUUCGAGACCUGGCGGAAAACAACCAAGCUUGACAACACCGUGCCGAACUGGGAAUACCCCGAGAAGGAGGAGGUGUUCAAGUUCUACCCCCAGUACUACCACAAGACCGACAAGGAUGGCCGCCCCGUCUACAUCGAGCAGCUUGGUGGCAUCGACCUAAACGCCAUGUACAAGAUCACCACCGCCGAGCGCAUGUUGACCAACCUGGCCGUCGAGUACGAGAAGUGCGCCGACCCCCGCUUCCCCGCCUGCUCGCGCAAGUCCAAACACCUCGUCGAGACUUGCUGCACCAUCAUGGACCUCAAGGGCGUCACCAUCACUCGCGUCCCCCAGGUCUACAGCUACGUCAAGCAGGCCUCCGUCGUCUCCCAGAACUACUACCCCGAGCGUCUCGGCAAGCUCUACAUGAUCAACGCUCCUUGGGGCUUCUCCACCGUCUGGUCCGUCGUCAAGGGCUGGCUCGACCCCGUCACCGUCUCCAAGAUCAACAUCCUCGGCUCCGGCUACACGAAGGAGCUCCUGAACCAGAUUCCCGCCGAGAAUCUGCCCAAGUCCCUCGGUGGCAAGUGCGAGUGCCAGGGCGGCUGCCAGCUCAGCGACGCCGGCCCGUGGCACGAGGCCGAGUGGACCAAGGAGCCCUGGUGGCAGAAGCCCGAGGCCAAGGCCGCUGCCGCCGCCGGCGACGUCAUUGAUAACAAGGGUGGCGAGACCGUUGCUGCUCCGGCUGCCGGCGCUGCUCCUACGGCCGAUGCUACUGCUGACGCCAAGGCUCCCGCUGCGGCAUAAACGCUG